AUGUUUCAACACAUAACGUUGUACCAUCAAAAUGAGCCGAAUUUCAAUAUCACAUGUGAUUUACAUAAUACAUGUGGAGUUUUAUACAAAACAUAUUCUGCAUAUAAAGCUCAUGUUUAUCGACAACACAUGUCUGAACUCCAUUUGAAAAACAAACCGAACAAUAGUUCGAAUGUUAUUCCUAAUGAAAGUCAACAACAAGAAAGUAUGAAUAACUCAGAUAUGGGAUUAGGAACAAUUAACAAUGCUGAUGAUACAUUCGAUUUUAUUACUGAUGAUAUUGAAUCAAUUCUGGUGAAUGAUGAUUAUGAAACGAAUUUUUGUAGUCCUGCAUUAUUAUUUGAUUCUAUUCACAAUGCCAAAAGCACUUCUGAAUUGUUGUUGAUUAUCAAACGAUCGUAUAUGAUGUUUCUUUUGGAAUUACGUGAACAGUAUUUAUUGCCGCAGGGCGUUAUGAAUAUCAUUUCUACGUAUAUUGUAACGCUUAUUCGUCAUUUAGAACUUUUACUGAAGACAAAAGCAUUUCUUCCAUCUACAGAUAUUUAUUCAACUUCAGCAUCUUCAUUACCAAAACAAAAUCAAAAGAUUAUUGAAAUUUAUCAAUUACACGAAACAUUAAAUGAUUUAUCAAAUAUAAUCGAAUCAAUUUCUAAAAACAAUUACCAAUUCAUUAAGCAUUGUGAGAAACAAUUCGAUUACAUUUCACCAGAAGAAAUACUAUUAUCAUCACCUGAUGAAGAUGUCAUGCAUGGUUAUUUCAUUCCAAUCGAUAGAACAUUAUCGUCGAUGUUGAAAUCUCAACCACUUCUAUUAGAAAUUUCAGAAAAUAUUCAACAACAACGAAUUAAUGUAGAAAAUGAUUCAGAUCUUAUGUUUUCGAUUAGAGACGGAUAUUACGGUUAUCGAUUUGAUCAAGAUAGUCUUUUAAUCCAGCUAUAUUUGGAUGAUAUUGGUUUGACGAACCCACUUGGUGCAAAACGUCAUAAACAUAAAAUGACUAUGGUUUAUUUUUCUUUGGAAGAUGUUCCUAAUAAAUACCGAUCCAAACUUGAUUUCAUUCAAUUAGUUGCUGUUUGUGACAGCAAAACUCUCAAAGUAAAUUUUCUCAUGAUAAGCUCGAACAUAUACGGGUAA